AUGUGGCGUGCUCAGCGGCGGGCGUGCUCAGCGGCGGGCGUGAGCGCGGUCGGUGACACGCCGCGGCGCCAGCGCGGGAUCGGCGGAGCGGACAAAUCGCUGACGGUCACAGCGUUACAUGAGCGCUGGGAGCUGGGCCCGUGGACGAGGUGCUCCGUGACGUGCGGCGAGGCCGGCGGCCAGCAGGAGCGCAGCGUUUCGUGCGUGGAGGACGACGCCCACGGACAGUUCCGCCCCGUGGACGACUGGAAGUGCGCCCACUCACAACGGCCCGGUACCCGGCAGAAGUGCAACGCCAUCCCCUGCCCCCAGUGGGUGGCCAUGGAGUGGUCCCAGUGUACGGUGACGUGCGGCCGGGGCCUGCGGUACCGGGUGGUCCUUUGUCUGGACCACCGCGGGGGCCAGCACAUCGGGGGCUGCCCGCCGCCACUGAAGCCCCACGUCAAGGAGGACUGCCUGGUGCCCGUGGCGUGCCACAAGCCCAGAGAGACGCUGCCCGUGGAGGCCAAGGUGCCCUGGUUGAAGCAAGCCCAGGAGCUGGAGGAGCACCGCACGGCCACCGAGGACCCCACAAUAAUCCCAGGGCCUUGGACCCCCUGCAGCGCCACCUGCGGGCCUGGAAGGCAGUCGCGGGAGCUGAAGUGCAAGGUGCUGCUGUCCUUCACCCAGACCGAGGUGGAGCUGCCGGACGAGGAGUGUGUGGACCACCGCCCCCCGCUGGGGAGGCCCUGCAACAUGGGGCCUUGCGGCGGAGGGCCUGGUGGUCUCUCUCCUCCAGGGGCCCUCCCUUGGGGCCUUGGGGACGAGCUCCAUCACUGGGACUACCGGGGCUUCACCACCUGCUCGGCCACGUGCGCCGCCGGGAAGCAGAUGGCGGUAGUGCGCUGUGUGGACCGGCGGCGGGGAGAGGAGGUGGACAAUGCGCUGUGCGACCCCAGCAGCAGGCCCACGCUGAUGAUCCGCAUGUGCAACCCCGAGCCCUGUCCUCCAAGGUGGGAGGCGACGGCCUGGACGGCCUGCUCUGCCUCCUGUGGCGUGGGCAUCCAGACCAGGAGUGUGUUCUGCACUCGGCUGCUCUCCCUGGACCAGCGGGACAGCGCAGGCGUCCCGGACCACGAGUGCAGGGAGUUCAAGCCCGCCAUCCUACAGCCCUGCAACCAGUUGGACUGCCCCCCCACCUGGGAGACGGAGCCCUGGCAGCAGUGCUCCCAGUCGUGCGGUGGGGGCGUCCAGGCGCGCAAGGUGUUCUGCAAGCAGCUCCUGUCCACGGGGGCCAACUGGAGGCUGGGGGACGGAGCCUGUCCCGGGGCCGGCCCCCCCGCCCGUCGCCCCUGCGCCAACGCAGACUGCCUACCCUACCUGGGCGGAGGAGAGUGGGGCAAGUGCUCUGUGUCGUGCGGCCUAGGGAUCCAGCGCAGGGAGCCCGUGUGUCGCAGGCUGACGGCCACGGGCCAGCAGGUGACCCUGGCCAAGGGACUGUGCUCCGGCCUGGCCUCCCCUCCCCUCGUGCGCACCUGUCGCAUGAUGGCCUGCCCCAAGCCCAGGAAGGAGCAGAGAACCAAAGAGGCCCCAGGGCGGCGCCACCCGAUGCAGACCAGAGGCUUCGAGGAGGGGAUGAAGCGCUGCCCCUCGCUGCAGGGCAUCCACCGCAUCUACAUCCAGGUCCGGCCCGAGAGGCGUCUGCACCUCAGCAUCGGUGGCCACGCCUACCUCCUCCCCAACACCUCGCUGGUCAUCAAAUGCCCCUUCAUGCACUUCCCCAAGAGCUACAUCAGCUGGUUCAAGGACGGCCAUCCCCUGGUCAGCUCCGAGCGCCUGGGCGUGUCCAGGUCCGGGUCCCUGAAGGUGCACUUCCUGGGCCCAGAGGAUACAGGGCUUUACAAAUGCCGCUCCGGGUCCGCCUCGGAUAUCUUCACCCUUCAGGUCAUCGGCGGUCCGACAGGAACGAGCUCGACAGACAAGGGGUCAUUUCCGCUGAUUUCUGCGAGUUUAAGCCCAAGCAGGGAGGAGCUGAGGAUGCCGUCGUGCCGCAGCCACCGCUCCGAAGUGGACACGGUGCUCUCCCUCCCCCGGAGGCUGAAUAUGUCGGCCGUCGUUGUCUCUCUGCUGCCCCCCGGUGUCCAGGGGGUGGUCAUGCCACCGGGGCUUCAGGAGAAGAUGUCUAACAUCACCCUGCGAGCUGACGUGGGAGAAAUUAGUCUGGAGCAGGCGUCCAGGCACAUCUCCUCGCUGCUGACUCAGAUGUCUACUGGCCAUCUCUGGAACAUCCCCAGACAGAGCGCCGCACGGGGUGAAAGCAGACUGCCCAAUUGGUCGGAGAACGUGGGUACCAGGGUGCCACAGAGACCCACCAUCGUCCGAAGGCGACAGAACCACACGACCGGCGCCACCACCUUCCAGAAGAACCUGAGCUUCAGCGUGGGCCAGGUGGCGUUCCUCACCAACGGAACCCGCCUGCUGACGCUGUCAUGCGCGGCAGAAGGCUCCCCGAAGCCCACCCUGACAUGGACCAAAGACGGAGCACCGCUGCAGCACACUGACCGGGUGUCCUGGGAUAGCAGUGGGCGUCUGCAGCUGUCUCAGCCCAGUGUGGCUGACCUGGGCCUGUACACCUGCACCGCCUCCAACGCCCUGGGCUCCGACUCAGAGUCCUCUCGGCUGAGAGUAGCCGAGCCACCAGCCAUCGCCGUGUCGUGGAGGAACAUCUCAGACGUGGGGACGGCGGUGGGACAGAGCCUGAGGGCUGCGGUGGGGGGGCGUGUGAGCGUGCGUCCAGGGGCAAACCUCACCAUCGACUGCCCUGUCACUGGCGUACCACAACCUGCCGUCUCCUGGCACUUGAAGGGCGGGCGGCUGAGUGCCGGGGCGGUCCCGCUGCCCUCCGGAGCUCUGUGGCUGAGGAACGUCACGGCUCAGCACCAAGGCACCUACUACUGCACCGCCAGCAACCCCAUAGGGAGGUCCACCGCAUCCACCACGCUCAGCCUGCAGGGUCGUCAGGGGUCUAACCCCCAGGAGCUGUACAGGAAGAGGGUCCUGAUGGCCUCACACAGUGGCACCAGCGUGAUCAUCAGACCAGGAGAUGUCCUCCGCAUUGGGUGUCCCGUGGCGGCGGACCACAAGAUGCCCGUCCACUGGGACUACCAGAACCAGAGCCUGCUGGAGUCGGCCGAGGCGGCCCCGGCGCUGGGCUCCGACCCCGUCCCCCGGGCCUCGCCCCCGGGCCGGCCCCUGCACUACCGCAGGCUGAUGAGGGGCCGCGUGCUGGAGGUCAACACCCUGCAGGGCCCCUUCUCCGGCCGCUACCGGUGCCGCACGCUCGUCAACAGCACCCGCCACGUGCUCUCCGCCUGGAUAUACGUGCGCAGCGAGGAGUUUGUGUGGCACCUGGGUGACUGGACGGUGUGCAGCGCGUCCUGUGGUGACCGGGGGAGGCGCGUUCGACGGGCACGCUGCGUCAGCCCCGGUGGCCGGGAGGUCAGCCCAGCCAUGUGUCAUCACCUGCCCAGACCCGUGGCACCGCCAGUGGGCUGUAACAUCCAGGACUGCCCCCCGAGCUGGGCGGUGUCCGUGUGGUCCAAGUGCUCUGUGACCUGCGGGGAGGGCUGGCGCAGGAGGCAGGUGUCCUGCAAGCGUCUGCAGGCCAGCGGGGGGGCCAGUACGCUGCCGGCGGCGGCCUGUGAGGGGGCGGGGCCACCUGACAGACAGCCGUGCUCCUCCAAUGGCUGUCCCAACUGGGUCAGCAGCUCGUGGGGGAAGUGUGCUGGGAGGUGUUUGGGUCCGACCACCACCGUGCAAAAGAGAUCUGUCAUCUGCCAACACUCCAACGGCUCCUCGCACCAAGACUGUGACCUGCAGAACAGGCCUGCGUCCGCGCGCAACUGUUCGUCCGAGUUAUGUGACGUGCAGUGGCGCGCGGGCCCGUGGCGGGCGUGCACGGUGGCCUGUGGCAGCGGCUUCCAGUCCCGCAGGGUGGACUGCGUGCACCGGAGCGCCACCGGCAGAACCCUGCCUGAGCAUCACUGCUCCUGGCUGCCCCGGCCCUCCACCUGGCAGCACUGUAGCACCACCUCCACCUGUGGGAGUGAAUGUAAAGACACCACGCAGUACUGCAGUGAGGUGAAGAGACUUAACCUUUGCUUCGUGGAAAUGUACAAGCAGAGAUGUUGCCAAUCGUGUCUACAACCACGUGACGCUGGCGCCGCCUAGUGGUGACAGGCUAUAACAACAAGGCCCACAUCACACAGGACUUUGUCGCAGAAAGUAACCGAAAGACUGAGAUGGGUGGGAGGAGGAUGAAAUGCGAGCGGCUGCUUUCGAUCCCUGCACAUGUAUGAACUGCACACUCGAGUUUAUUCAUUUUCUAUAAGGGAAUUUUCAACCCAAUAAAUGGCUAAAUUGGACUGAACCUGGCUAUGAAUAAACCAAGAGCGGUUUGAAAUGAUAAAGUGUUCACUGUGUGGAUAAGGACAUUUGGAACACAACUUAUUCUCACUCAGACCUACAACCUUCCCUGAACCACCUAGAUAAGGCAAAACACAAAAACCCAACGGUACCUAUCUUUGGGCUUAGAAAUGCGUUAAAACAGAAUAUUGUCCAUGUGUUGUUUUUAAUUUAUGGUUAUGUUAUUCAACUGACUGUUCAAGUGUGAGCAUCUACAUAAGUAGACAUUCUGUUGAUCAAACAUCAGUGGACAUCAAAAUAGAUGCUACUGUACAGCAGAGCUCAAAAGGGAAGCUGUUGCCCAAGCAUGUUACUUGUUUCCAAUAAUCAGCUGUUACACCAUUUAGCUCCAUUGAAGCUCCCCAGUAGCCUACCAAACUGAGUCUUUGUGCAACAGCUGCUGUGCAGAUACAUUCCGCUCGCCAGUGUGAGAAAAAGUUUGUAAAGUUUGAGAUGAACUCAUUUGACCCUUGUCUUCAAUAUAUCCUACCGAUGUGCUGCAUUGUAAAAUAUGUCCUGUAUAUACUGUGUUUUAAAAGUGCAAUAUUGUACAUUGAGUGUUUGUCGUUUCUGUGCAUCUGUUUUUUUCUUUAUACACAACAUGAUCUCUCUUUUUGUCUUUCGAAUCCUCGUUCUGAGACUUACCGAAGCACUUGAAGAAUGAGAUGUUUCCGCUGGGUUUUUAAUUUGCAUGUUGUCAAGUGCAAUCUCCAGUUAUUUUGUAAGAUACUGUAUAUUACAAUAUGACACGCUGAAGAAAAAAAAACUAAACACAUACCGUACUCAUUAUCAGUGUUUCUCCUUGGCUACUGAUAACUAUAUAUAGCAUAUUUUGGACUAUUUGCUUUCACGUGUUUUGUGAUAAUGCAAUUUGAUUGAAGGAAAACUGAAAGUAUUAAAUCAGAAAAUAAAGUGCUCAAAAACAAUUAUAAGAGAAUAAAAAGUUGUUUGGUUUCUAAACACA